AUGGCACAGAUGCUUACACCACCGGGACCAGCCAGCCUCCGCCUGUUUACCCGAGAAUCACUCAAGGCCAUUGAGAAUCGAAUUGCAGAGAAAGCCAAGAAGACUGAAGAAGAGCAGGAGAAAAAUAUUAACAUUGUGCUUCCACGAAAACCUAACAGUGACCUGGUGGCAGGAAAGAAACUGCCAUUUAUCUAUGGAGACAUUCCCAAAGAAAUGGUGUCUUCACCACUGGAAGACAUCGACCCAUUCUAUCGCAAUCAGAAAACCUUCUUAGUGUUAAAUGCAGGUAAGAAUAUCUUCAGAUUCAAUGCCACCUCUGCCUUGUUUAUCUUAAGUCCCUUCAACCCUCUCCGAAAACUGUCAAUCAAGAUCCUUGUGCAUUCAUUAUUUAACAUGUUUAUUAUAUGCACUAUUCUUACCAACUGUGUGUUCAUGACUUAUCGUGAGACUUCCAAGACAACAGAGUAUGUCUUUACUGGAAUAUAUACAUUUGAAGCACUAUUAAAGAUAUUAUCCAGGGGAUUCUGUAUAGGAGAGUUCACCUUUCUCAGGGACCCAAUGAAUUGGCUGGACUUCGUUGUUAUUGUGAUGGCAUAUGUAACAAUGUUUUUGCCUGACAUGGGUGGAAUCUCUGCCCUGAGGUCUUUCAGAGUGGUCCGAACACUGAAAACGAUAUCAGCCAUCCCAGGGCUGAAGACCAUUAUAGGAGCUCUGUUUCAGUCAGUAAAAAAGCUUAAAGAUGUGAUGAUUCUGACCCUCUUUUGUCUAAGCGUAUUUGCUUUGGUUGGCCUGCAGCUUUUUAUGGGCGUCCUGAGGAAUAAAUGCGUCAAAAUACCAUCUAAUGUCACAGUUUCUGAAAAUGGAACCAUGUACAUUAGUAACACAACAAAUGUGUUUGACCCUACGGAUUAUAUUAAUUAUAUUAAUUCUAAUUAUUUUUAUGUUAUUGAUGGAAAGACAGAUCCUUUGCUCUGUGGACACAGCAGUGACGCAGGAAAAUGUCCAGAUGGGUUUUUCUGUCACAUGGCGAGCAGAAAUCCAAAUUUUGGCUAUACCAGCUUUGAUAACUUUGCCUGGGCCUUCCUCUCUCUCUUCAGACUAAUGACUCAGGACUGCUGGGAGGCUCUCUACCAACAGACUCUUCGUGCUUCAGGAAAGACCUACAUGAUCUUCUUUGUGCUGGUGAUUUUUCUGGGUUCCUUCUACCUUGUAAAUUUAAUCCUGGCUGUGGUGGCCAUGGCCUACGAUGAACAGAACCAAGCCACAUUAGAGGAGGCUCAGCAGAAAGAGGAAGAGUUUCAGGCAAUGAUGGAGCAGCUCAAGAGGCAACAGAUGGAUGCACAGGUUUGUUUGGCAGUUGCACUGUGUGAAGGUGGCAGUCUUAGUGGAGGAAGUUCUUCUGAGGCUUCCAAACUCAGUUCCAAAAGUGCCAAAGAAAGAUGCAACCGAAGAAAGAAGAGAAAGCAGAAGGAGGAGGAUGGCGAGAAAGGGGAUGAUGAGAAGGUUCACAAUUCUGACCCUGAGAUCAGCGCUAGAAGGCUCAGCUUUUGCUUGUCUUUAGAUGGAAACCAAUUGUCAUAUGAGAGGACAAAUCAGUCUCCUCAUCAGUCACUUUUAAGUAUCCAAGGCUCUGUCUUCACCCCACGACGCAACAGUAGAGCUAGCAUUUUUACCUUUCGUGGGCGCCUGGGAUCAGAGAAUGGCUUUGCCGAUGAUGAGCACAGUAUGUUUGAGGAUGCAGGCAAUCGGCGAGGUUCAUUGUUCCUGCCGCGGCGUUCUGAGCGCCUUUAUAGUACCGGCAGUAUUAACCCACGCUUUCUUCUGUCUCCAACUGGAAAAGUGCACUGCUCCAUGGACUGCAAUGGGAAAGUGUCUGGAAACUCUCUGCCCAGCUCGCCUGCUGGCCUGUUGUCUGAGCUGACUGUAGAUCCUGCCAAAAGAGAUGAUGAUAAUGGUACAGAGGAGUACAGGAGGAGAUAUUAUUCUGAACAACCAUCACCAGGAUUUUUAAAUGAUCAUACAGCCAGAGAGAGAGCUUUGAGUGCAGCCAGCUUUAUUCCCAACACUAUUGAAGAGCUGAAAGAGUCAAGGCAAAAGUGCCCUCCACGUUGGUAUAAGUUUGCACAAAAAUUUCUCAUUUGGAAUUGUUGUCCAGCAUGGAUGAAGAUGAAGAAAGUAGUGUAUUUGAUUGUGAUGGACCCAUUUGCGGAUCUGACUAUCACCACCUGCAUUGUAAUGAACACAGUAUUUAUGGCCAUGGAGCAUGACACCAGGGAUGAAAAUUUUAAAUACAUGCUUAAUGUGGGAAACUAUGUUUUCACAGGGGUCUUUACAGCUGAGAUGAUCUUGAAGAUCAUUGCAAUGGAUCCUUAUUACUACUUCCAAAAAUGCUGGAAUAUAUUUGAUAGUGUUAUAGUCACUAUGAGUGUCUUGGAGCUCUUGCUGCAAAAAUUACCAGGGAUGUCUGUUCUCAGGUCUUUCCGCUUGCUUAGAGUUUUUAAGCUGGCCAAGUCAUGGCCCACUCUAAACAUGCUGAUCAAAAUCAUACACAACUCGGUGGGUGCCCUUAGCAACUUGACACUUGUCCUGGCCAUCAUUGUCUUCAUCUUUGCUGUAGUGGGCAUGCAGUUGUUUGGAAACCUCUACUCCAACAAUAAGUCUAAGAUCUCACCUGAUGAAAGGCCUCGCUGGCACAUGAUGGAUUUCUUCCAUUCCUUUUUGAUUGUGUUUCGUGUGCUGUGUGGGGAGUGGAUUGAGAGCAUGUGGGACUGCAUGGAGGUGGCUCAAAAGAGUAUGUGUCUGACCGUCUUCCUCUCAGUCAUGGUGAUCGGAAAUCUUGUGGUUUUGAACCUGUUUCUGGCCUUGCUGCUCAGCUCCUUUAGUGCAGAUAACCUGGCAGCCACAAAGACCGACAAGGAAAUGAACAACUUGAAAAUUGCUGUGGGCCGCAUUCGUAAAGGUCUUAUAUUUAUUAAAGACUCACUUUGCCGUAUUUGCCGGAGCAGCUGCAUUACAGGGACAAAAAAGGUAAUAAAGGAAGAAGGCUUAAAAGAUGGUAAAAAGCUGACUGAUGUUUCCACCCAUACCACAGUAGAGUUGAUCAAAGAUGGCUCGUAUAUUAAGGAGCUAUCGGGGGAAGACAGUGCCUCUGAAGAUUUUAUUGCUGAAUGCAGUGUGACUAUCACUGUACCUAUAGCAACUGCAGACUCUGAUCCCGAGUGUCACAACAUGGAUGAUUGCAGCAGUUAUUCUUCGGACAUAGAGGAAGUUAAAGAGCUGUCAGAGGUGAGCUCUUCAGUGGGCAGCACAGUGGACCUUCGGCACCCGAGGGAAAGAAGAGAAUCACUUGACUUUGAGUUAGAAGACUCUAUGGAUCCAGAGGCCUGCUUCACAAACAGGUGUGUGCGCAGUUUCGCCUGUUGCCAGGUUAAUGUGGAAAAAGGGAGGUGGAAGACAUGGUGGGCCAUCAGGCGUACCUCUUACAGGAUUGUGGAGCACAACUGGUUUGAGUCGUUUAUUAUCUUUAUGAUCCUGCUGAGCAGUGCAGCACUGGCCUUUGAAGACAUACACAUCGAUAAGUGGAAGACCAUAAAGACAAUUCUGGAAUAUGCAGAUAAAGUGUUUACCUAUGUCUUCAUAUUGGAGAUGCUUUUAAAAUGGCUGGCAUAUGGAUUUGCUAAAUAUUUUACCAAUGCCUGGUGUUGGCUUGACUUCUUGAUUGUUGGGGUCUCUCUGAUCAGCUUAGCGGCCAGCGCCCUUAAUUAUUCUGAGCUUGGAGCCAUCAAAUCUCUCCGUACACUGCGGGCACUAAGACCUCUUCGAGCUCUAUCACGCUUUGAAGGCAUGAGGGUGGUUGUCAAUGCUCUUUUUGGUGCAAUUCCUUCCAUUGUGAAUGUGCUGCUGGUCUGCCUCGUCUUCUGGCUUAUCUUCAGUAUAGUGGGCGUCAAUAUGUUUGCUGGCAAGUUCUAUGAAUGUGUAAACAUUACCACCGGAGCCCGCUUUAAUGACUCCAUUGUUACCAACAGCACAGAUUGUAUUCAACUGGGUAAUGAUACGGCCCGCUGGAAAAAUCUGAAAAUCAACUUUGAUAAUGUUGGUGCAGGAUAUCUGGCCUUGCUGCAAGUGGCAACUUUUAAAGGAUGGAUGUCUAUUAUGUAUGCAGCAGUAGAUUCCUACAAGUUGGAUGAACAGCCUAAGUUUGAGCAAAAUCAAUACAUGUACAUCUACUUUGUGAUCUUCAUCAUAUUUGGGUCUUUCUUCACAUUAAACCUCUUUAUUGGUGUCAUUAUUGAUAACUUUAAUCAGCAGAAGAAAAAGUUUGGAGGUCAGGAUAUUUUUAUGACAGAAGAACAAAAAAAAUAUUACAAUGCCAUGAGGAAACUGGGGUCAAAGAAGCCACAAAAACCAAUUCCUCGGCCAUCAAACAAGUUCCAGGGGUAUAUAUUUGACCUGGUAACAAAUCAAGCUUUUGACAUUGUUAUCAUGGUUCUUAUAUGCCUUAAUAUGAUCACAAUGAUGGUGGAAUCAGCAGAUGAUUCAAAAGAGAAGAAAAACGUUCUACAAAAGAUUAAUUUGUUUUUUGUUGGAAUCUUUACAACGGAAUGUGUGCUAAAAAUGAUCUCACUUCGACAUUAUUUCUUCACUGUUGGCUGGAAUGUCUUUGACUUUAUAGUGGUCAUUCUCUCAAUAGUUGCCACAUUUGUUGCUGAGAUCAUUAAAAAUCUUUUUCCUCCAACCCUAAUUCGUGUCGUUCGCCUGGCUCGGAUUGGCCGAAUUCUGCGCCUUAUCAAGAGUGCCAAGGGAAUACGCACCCUUUUGUUUGCUUUGAUGAUGUCCCUUCCAGCCCUAUUUAACAUCGGUCUUCUUCUUCUGUUAGUAAUGUUCAUCUAUGCUAUUGUUGCAAUGUCACAAUUUGCCUAUGUCAGAAAGGAGGAUGGAAUCGACGACAUGUUUAACUUUGAGACUUUUGGCAACAGCAUGUUGUGUUUGUUUCAAAUUACCACCUCUGCAGGGUGGGAUGGUCUGUUGGCACCCAUUCUCAAUAAAAAGAAACCUGAUUGUGACCCUCAAAAGGAGCACCCUGGCAGCCAAGUUAAAGGUGACUGUGGCAACCCAACUAUUGGUAUCAUAUUCUUUGUGAGUUACAUCAUAAUAUGCUUCUUGAUUGUGGUAAACAUGUACAUAGCCGUGAUUCUGGAAAACUUUGGUGUGGCCACAGAGGAGAGUACAGAGCCGAUAAGUGGGGACGAUUUUGAGAUGUUCUAUGAAGUGUGGGAAAAAUUUGACCCAUUGGCAACACAGUUCAUAGAGUACAAAAAGUUGUCUGAUUUGGCUGAUGCUCUCAGCCCUCCGCUUCGCAUCCCCAAGCCCAAUAAAGUCCAGCUUAUCAGUAUGGACCUACCACUAGUAAGUGGAGAGAGAAUACAUUGCCUGGAUAUCUUGUUUGCUUUAACUAAACGUGUCCUUGGGGAUAGCGGUAACACAGACCUGCUCCGGGGGCAAAUGGAAGACCGCUUUAUGGCUUCUAACCCCAAGGUAUCCUAUGAACCCAUUACCUCAACUCUACGCCAUAAGCAAGAGUACAUGUCGGCUGUCAUCAUUCAGAAUGCCUACAGGAAGCAUAACUUCAGACAGAAUGUAACAAAGAACAUAAAAACAUUAAAGAAAUCUGUACAAGACAAUGGAACAAUUUUAAAUAAGGACUCAGUGGUUAUUAAUGGGUGUAAUAACCAUUCCACUUCUGACAAAACUGAAACAACAUCUUCUACUGCUGUCCCACCAUCAUAUGAUAGUGUAGUGCAAUCUGAUAAAGACAAAUAUGAGAAAGACCAUAGGGAGAAGGAAGUGAAAUGCAAGGAUAAGAAACACAGUAAAUGA